AUGGCAAGCCAAGCCUUUAUAGACGACCAGGAAUUGCUCAAGAGCGUGAUCGCGAUUGGCUGGGCGGAGGAUGAUUGUCAAGGGUUCAAAAUCAUUCGUAUCAGAAUGGUCACGAAAGACCUUCAAGUUGUAACGCGACUGUUCGACUUGAGCCGUUCAGCUCACAAGAAGGCGGUCCAGAAAGUCGAGCACGCGAAGGCAGCCAUACAUCAGGUUUUUCCCGAGCCGGAGCUGGAGAAGCGCUUCUGCAACUUGGUGAAGGUGUUCACCACUGACGGUGAACCAGCCGAGCUGGCCGCAGCGGCCAUAUCGCACCCGACCAUUUUCCCGCAAUUGCGGGCAGUGUGGAGGUGCUUGUUGCACUCUGCGCAACGCUCUCAAGAGAAUGCGAUCAAGUCGUGCGACCGCGCGGCGCACCUCAUGAGCGAGCUGAUCAACAGGUUCAGUGAUUCCAGUGGUGCCGGAGGUCUUGCCCGAGCACUCCACAAUUCACCGUUGCUUCGGUCCAAGUUUCAGGCCGUCGAGGCACGCGACCUCGACGCAUUGGGGACCCUCGCGAGCCCCGGCGCCCAUGCUGCCUGGGCGGCAAGAUUGUUAGACGAGGUGUCUCAGAUCGCUUUCAUGUCGCGCGGCGUGCGGUUGCUCAAGCAGGAACUUGCGAAGCUCUUUGAGUUCAGUGGCCCGAACAGCUCCACCCCGCCCUUGGUGUUGGACUUGGAGCGCUACAGUUCUGGCUUCGUGGCCCUGCUACAGAAAGCUCUGGUGAAGCGAGACCCAACAGGCAGCUGUGCCAUCGUGGGUGACGGGGAGCUGCUCUUCCAUCGCGCAGGACUUUCCGCUCGCGAGUUCAAACAAGCAGUGGUCAAACAGCUUGGGUGCAUUCGCAAUUUGACCGACGUCUUUCUUCGAUCCAUCGCCGCGGAACACCAAGCCGGGAUCGGCGAAUGCUUUGGUGCACUGGAUAUAGAGAAGGGCGCGGCAGCCAGGCAUCAGCAAUUUCUCGUUCAAUAUGCUUGUGACCAGGGAGAAGACUCUUUCAUUUGUCUGCGGUGCGGAGGCCUGCUCUGCUUGAACCCCUCGCGAAACUACUCGGAUCUUCUGCCGCGACCUGAGUGCAUUACGCUUCAGCGGGUCAGUAAAGACGAUAAUGCCUCUGUCAAGGGCAGCGAGCUCGCCAAAGAGAUCAAUGCUGUGCGGUCGGGCAUUUCAUCUCCUCUGGAGUAUUGGGCGGAAGCCUUGAAACACUGGGGAAAACGAGUGCCAGUGCUUCGCGAGGCUGUCGUUGUGAUGCUCUGCAUGUUCGAGGGGACGGGGCUGUUGGAGCAGAACUUAUCAUCAUUCAGAGCAAUGCACCAUGACCAGAAGCGCAACACGUCCCCGGACACCCUUCGUUGCCUUCUGAAGGUGAUGGUUGAUUGUGACCCCGUGGUGACAUUCAACAUCUUGACAAAGGAGUAUAAGCUCACUGAUUUUGGGAUUCGCGCUUACAACAGGUACCGCUCCUUGUUCGGUGCAGCCAGAAAUGCGCCAGCCUCCUUGUUGCCCCGUAGGACUAUGAACCGUCGAUGUUCUUCGACGGGACUUGCAGCUUUGAAACGCCUGCAAGCGCAACAGAAGGCAGACGCCGUCCCCAAGGAGUUGCCGCUGGAGGAAGCGAAAUCCUUGAAGCGUGCCCUGGACACGUCUGCUGAGGAACAUUCCACGAAGCGGCAGAAGAAGAUGGUGGUUGCUUUGGCAGAGCGAGUGACCGCCAAAUUGGCCUUGGUUUCGCCGGCCACUUUUGCGAAGGAUGCACGUGAGCGCUUACAGAAGCUGCAGCUUCAGGAUGAAGAGGAGUUCAAGAAAUUGGACGGCAUGCAGUUGCGGGAGCUGAAAACGGCUGAGAUUCUUGGGGAUGCACAGAAUGGCCUGGCCGUUUGCAUUAUCAGCAAGAAUGAGAUUCCCAAUGCAGACAAGAUCGUCAAAGACAAGGCAAAGGCGUUGUCUCAGCUUUGUGGGCUGCGUGUUUGUCAUUUGACAAGCAGCAGUCUAGUGGCAAGGUGUUUGCGGGCAAAGUUUGUUAUUUUUCUUGCAACCUCGAAGGAGGCAGAGGCAGGCUUGAUUUAUCAUGGCAGUGAAAGUCAUCAAGGUCUCGAUCUCGGGGCUUGCGUCAGCCGGCUGGUGGGAGGAUUCGUAGCGGGGCCGGCUUGGAUGGCAGAGUGCCUUCGUCGUGGACAGCUUUUGACUCCCUUGCUUCGUUUGAGCCCGGCUGCAAAAAUUCAAAGGCAGGGGUGGGAUUCUGUGACAGUUUGCCACAACAAGUUGCAAUUCUCAAGCUACUUUCUGCUAUUGAGAGCGAUGAACUGGGAUUUCGGCACUGGAUCAUUCGAUCCAGCAGAGAAGCGCUGA